AUCUCAAUGCGCAGGUCACGGCAAAUCAGUCUUGGCCGUCGCAUACGCUGCAUACCGCUGGAAACGCUGUAAACACACCUGAGGUUAGGUUUGCUGCAAACGACGUCUGUUACUUCUGAGUGGGCCGGCAUUAAUCGCAGCAUCGGAUGGAGCUGAACGGCUAUCACUCCGAAGAUGAAGGAGGCACAGAAACCGACGACGGCGAGACACGGUUGCGGACGCCCGGAAAGGGAAGAGCGGGCGAUCCGCGGAUUGGGGGCGGCACGGAGGAGGCAGCGGCCUUCCCGAGGGAGCAAGGCGAACCGAGCGAGCGCCGCGCCAGACACACGGCGGAUUCGCCGAGAAAGAGCAGGCCGCCAUUUCCUUGGUUCGGAAUGGACAUUGGUGGGACCCUCGUAAAACUUGUCUAUUUUGAACCGAAGGACAUCACAGCCGAGGAGGAACAGGAGGAAGUGGAGAACCUGAAGAGCAUCCGCAAGUAUCUGACCUCUAAUGUGGCUUAUGGCUCCACCGGCAUCCGGGAUGUGCAUCUGGAACUGAAGGAUCUGACUCUAUGUGGCCGAACGGGCAACCUGCACUUCAUUCGCUUCCCCACCCAAGACCUGCCUGCCUUCCUGCAGAUGGGCCGCGAUAAACACUUCUCUAGCCUCCAUACGACACUCUGUGCCACGGGCGGUGGGGCCUACAAGUUUGAGGCUGAUUUCCGUAUGAUGGCUGAUCUGCAGCUCCUGAAGCUGGAUGAGUUGGACUGUCUCAUCCGUGGGGUCCUGUAUAUUGACUCGGUCAACUCCAGUGGACCCUCUGAGUGUUACUACUUUGAAAAUCCAAUGGAUCCAGUGCACUGCAUAGUCAAGCCUUACAAACUGGAGAACCCCUAUCCACUCUUGCUAGUCAACAUCGGAUCUGGGGUCAGCAUUCUUGCAGUUUAUUCCAAAGACAAUUUUAAACGUGUCACUGGGACAAGCCUCGGUGGAGGGACUUUCCUUGGGCUGUGCUGUCUGCUGACGGGUUGCUCCACUUUUGAAGAAGCACUGGAGAUGGCCUCACUUGGGGAGAGCACUCGGGUGGACAAACUGGUUCGGGACAUUUAUGGGGGCGACUACGAGAGGUUCGGCCUCCCAGGCUGGGCUGUGGCCUCCAGUUUUGGGAACAUGAUGUGUAAGGAGAAGAGGGAAUCUGUCUCCAAAGAAGACCUGGCCCGAGCAACAUUAAUUACAAUCACAAACAACAUUGGCUCCAUCACCAGGAUGUGUGCCCUGAAUGAGAACAUAGAAAGGGUGGUGUUUGUGGGGAACUUCCUGAGGGUCAAUACUCUCUCCAUGAAGCUGCUGGCCUACGCUAUGGAGUACUGGUCCAAAGGACAACUGAAAGCGCUGUUUCUUCAACAUGAGGGUUAUUUCGGAGCCGUGGGAGCACUUCUUGAGCUGUUAAAUCCCUCCUAAUCACCUAAACACAAGAGACUUGGCUGCUUCAGAAAUCUGUCCCCCUAUACCUGUUUAUUUUUGUUGCCACUGUUCCGUUACUGUUUAUGUGCCAUGACUGCUUAGUUUUUUCAAGCUAUCAGGCUUUGUUUCACUACACACAUGUCCUAUACUUAUCCAAAGACCUGGACAGCCUGUCGAGCCCUUUGACAUGCAGAGCAUGUCUCCUUUUUCCCAGGGAACCAUCGUUAUGGACAACUUGUUGUCUUUCUUCCUUUAAUCUACUUUGCACUAUCAUUUUCCAUGAAAACUCACCUGUGUUGCCUUUGUCAAUUGGUCUGAAUACAUUUUAAAUAUAUACAAAAAGUAUAUGUGAUUUAAAAUUGCUAUGUUCAGGUAGUAUUUGGAAGGUCAGAUUUCAAAAUAUCUUAAUAGAUGAGUAUCUUGCUACCAUAUAAGAUCUGAAACUGUGGGAAGGAUUCUGGGGUUGUCUGUGGUGUAAGGAAUAAUGAAAGGAACAGAAUGACCUCACUCCACAACCUUGGUAUGUUAAUUGUUUUACCGCAGAAUCCACUCUUUCAGAAGACCAAUAUCUUCUCCAAAUAGAUCUCGACUUGGCCUUAAGUACUGUAUGACUGUAUUUAUGAAUACAUACAUUUUUUCCUUUUUAAGUAUAUCUGAAGUUGUAUAAAGUUAGGUGCAGUCCUAAUUCACUAUAAUUUGUAAUUAGUAGGCUAAAUAGCUGUGAAAUAUCUUAACAAGUCGACUAUGUAAUAAAUGAUGAAUAGUUUUAACCAA